AUGGGAAGAGCUCCCUGUUGCGACAAAGCUAGUGUGAAAAGAGGACCAUGGUCUCCUGAAGAAGAUGCCACCCUCAAGAACUACCUCCAGAAGCAUGGCACCGGUGGCAAUUGGAUCGCUCUCCCCAAAAAAGCUGGUCUUAAGCGUUGCGGGAAGAGCUGUCGUCUGAGAUGGCUCAAUUAUCUUAGGCCUCAUAUAAGGCUUGGAGGGUUUACUGACGACGAAGACAAAAUUAUCUGCACUCUCUAUGCUACCCUCGGAAGCAGGUGGUCUCUUAUAGCUGCUCAGUUGCCUGGAAGAACGGACAACGAUGUGAAAAACCACUGGAACACAAAGUUGAAGAAGAAGUAUUUUGCAGCAAACAAUGGUAAUGGGACCACCAGCAACAUUAACGACGGCAAUAGUUAUGUACCGUUCUUAUCCUUUCCCCCUCAAACACCUCAAGGCGAUGCCUUUUUGGUAGGUCACAAGGACUCGUCAGAGUAUUUUGAGCCUUGUGUUCUGGAGUUGGAGCAAAAUACAGCUCCAUUUUCAGGACCAAAACCUCUGGAGCAUCAAGUUUCAGAGGUUGGCAGCGGCGUGAAGAGCGAAAGCUGCGGGAUGCCAUGUUCUAUGGAAGUUUCAUCUGCUUCAGGUUGGUUGGCAGAAAAGAACGAUCAUCCCAAGUGGGUUGGCUUUAAGCAUGAUGAUCAUCAAUAUGAUGCAAGUAUGCCUGAUCUUGUCUAUGAUGAUCUCUUCAUUAAUGGCUUUGCUUCCUUUGAUCAAGGUCUCAUCAACGAAUGCUUCCCAAAUUAAUUAAUAGUCAGAUUACCCCAAAAAGAAAAAGAAUUGAAUGGGGAUGCA